GACAUUAAAUAAAAAACAGCAUUGCAUUUGAUCCGGCGUGUGUUCUUACUUUUAUUCUAUUCCAAUUUAAGUAUAUUAAUUGAGAAAAGAAUAACUAAAUACAAUUAUGGCGGCUGCUGCAGCGGCAAAAAUUGCCGAAGUACGCGAGACAACCCGCGUAGAAAGAAUUGGGGCCCAUUCUCACAUUCGAGGCCUAGGAUUAGACGACAGCCUUGAAGCUAGACAUGUGUCUCAAGGUAUGGUCGGGCAAGUCUCAGCUAGAAGAGCAGUUGGCAUAGUUCUGCAAAUGGUACGCGAUGGUAGAAUCGCAGGAAGAGCUGUUUUAUUAGCCGGACAGCCUGGUACUGGAAAGACUGCUAUAGCAACUGCUUUAGCUCAUGCUUUAGGACAAGAUACGCCAUUCACUAGUAUGGCUGGAUCAGAGAUAUAUUCAUUAGAGAUGAGUAAAACUGAAGCAUUAACGCAAGCUAUUAGAAAGAGUAUUGGAGUCAGGAUAAAGGAAGAGAGUGAAAUUAUCGAAGGUGAAGUUGUCGAUCUGAGCAUUGAACGUCCAGCAACAGGAGUUGGUACUAAAGUGGGUAAAUUGAUUCUCAAAACUACAGAUAUGGAGACUGUGUAUGAUUUGGGCGGGAAAAUGAUCGAUAGUAUUCUGAAAGAGAAAGUUCAGUCUGGUGAUGUUAUAACCAUAGAUAAAGCUACAGGAAAAAUUACGAGAUUGGGUCGAUCUUUCGCUAGAGCUAGAGAUUAUGAUGCUACUGGUCAACAAACGAGGUUCGUUCAAUGUCCCGAAGGUGAACUGCAAAAGCGCAAAGAAGUUGUCCACACCGUGACUUUGCAUGAAAUUGAUGUAAUUAACAGUCGCACCCAUGGAUUCUUGGCACUGUUUUCAGGUGAUACGGGAGAAAUUAAACCAGAAGUAAGAGAGCAGAUUAAUGGCAAAGUAGCUGAAUGGCGUGAAGAAGGAAAGGCUGAAAUUAUACCUGGUGUACUGUUUAUUGAUGAGGUUCACAUGUUGGAUAUAGAAUGCUUCUCCUUUUUAAACAGAGCCUUAGAAAAUGAAAUGUCUCCAAUUGUCAUAAUGGCCACCAAUAGAGGAAUCACAAAAAUUCGAGGUACUACUUACAAAUCUCCACACGGCAUACCAUUGGACUUGCUGGAUCGAACAAUUAUCGUUCCUACUCAGCCAUACGACGAAAAGGAAUUGAAAGAGAUAUUGAAUAUUCGGUGUGAAGAAGAGGACUGUCAGAUGUCUGAUAAUGCUUUGGUGGUUCUAACGAGAAUCUGUAAGGAGACUUCCCUGCGUUACGGCAUGCAGCUCAUUAUGACAUCGAGUUUAAUCGCUAGAAAGCGUAAAGCCCACGAAGUCGAUGUAGAGGACAUAAAACGAGCCUAUCAAUUAUUCUUUGAUGAAGGUCGCUCUGUGCAAUUUCUCAAGGAAUACCAACAAGAAUUUAUGUUUAACGAAAUUGAUGAGAAAGAUGAUAUGGAAAUGGAAACGAUUUAAAUGAAAUAUUGUGGAUUAUCUGCAGUUUGAAAACUUCAAGUAUUUAGUUUCUUACGAAUUUUCAAUUUGUUGUAAUUAUUCAGUUUUUUGCAUAUUUUAACUUUAUAAUUAAAUUUUUUUAUGACACCAA